AGAUAAAACCACUGGUUAUGGGUAUUGAUUCAUUUAUAUUGUGUACGGGUGGUGGACUGCACUACCGACCUUGUGACUACCCACACACUUUUCCUCAGCACCCAACACCCAACAACCCACAUUCAUUAAUGCAAAUUAGGGGACUAAUCUCUGCGGAGUUAUUAAGGUAAAAAUGACCCCUCCAUAAAGGACCGCUACUCUACUCUCACAGCCUGUCAAUAUUAAUGUCCCAGUCUCUGUUCCAUUCCCAUUUUAUCUAGUGCACAGCUUUUGCAGGGCUAUAUAAUAAUCUUACCUCUGCAGAAGAAAUUAGUGAGAUACUAGUGAUCCUCCUGUCUCUCUGGCUUUGUGAUCCUUUCAAGAGUAUAUAUACUUGUACUGUCUACCUAGAUAGCAUUACUCCCAAAACAAUCAGGUAAACUAUAUGCAUCUCUGUGGUGUGUACUGAAACAUAGGAAGUGUUCAGGUCAUGCUUUUAAAGCCAUUUGGGUGGUUAGGCAUAGCACUGAGAGACUAGGUACUGGAGUAUUGGAAGUUGUAGGAGCAUCUCUCAUGAAAUUUGAGCUUGUGGACUUGGAGAUUCUCAAAGGCAGUUGCAGGCAUUUAAUGGUGCUUGAAGAAGGAUUUCUCAGAAUUGGUGUAUAAUUCGCAGCUGGCAAAGCAUAGGCGUGAAGGGAAAGACAAGAAAAAACAUCACAUAAAGAAUCAAGGAUCUCUGGUUGAAGAGGGCUGGUUGAAGAAGGCUGAGGAAGAGUAUCAGAAUAGACUGAGUGGAGAUUCUAGUUAGCGGAAGAGAAGGCCCCUGAUUCCACGAAGUCCAAGAAGAAUAUCGUGAUCCCAUAGUCUCAGAGAGUCCUGCAAGUUAGUGAAAGAGUAAAGGAGAUCCUGUAGCGAAUGAAGUCAAGAUGCUGCUGAAGCUUGAUGACAAUUAUGGAAACAUUGGUCUAUAAGCAGUACCUGGUAAUGCUCUAAAGUGCCUUGAAGCAAUUUUCUGCGUGUUGGGUUUUUCAUUUACAGAAUUUAGAAAAAGGCCUGGUUGUUAUAUAGAGGGUAGGCCAUAUAAGAUUGGAGAAAAUAGCCAUGGAGUUUUCCACUAUAGCAUUGGUAGUUGCUGUCGUAGUGGCAUAUAUGGCAUGGUUCAAAACAAUAGUAGGUCGUUUGAGAGGUCCCAAGGUGUGGCCUGUGGUGGGAAGCCUGCCAGGACUAUUGCAAAAUCGUGCUAGGAUGCAUGACUGGAUUUCAGAUAACCUUAGAGAAGUGGGAGGAACGUAUCAGACCUGUAUCUGUGCAAUUCCCUUUCUUGCAAAGAAACAGGGGCUUGUUACUGUGACAUGCAAUUCAAAGAAUCUGGAGCAUAUUCUCAAGACCAGGUUUGACAACUAUCCCAAAGGCCCACAGUGGCAGGCAGCGUUCCAUGACCUCUUGGGGGAUGGCAUAUUCAACAGUGAUGGAGAAACAUGGUUAGUGCAGAGGAAGACUGCAGCAUUAGAGUUUACCACAAGAACGCUAAGGAAUGCCAUGGCUAGGUGGGUCAACAGGUCAAUCAGGGGUAGGCUGUGGCCAAUUUUGGCAGAAGCUCAUAAGCUCCAUAAACCUGUUGAUUUGCAAGACCUUUUGUUAAGGCUUACAUUUGAUAACAUCUGUGGUCUAGCAUUUGGCAAGGAUCCAGAGACCCUGGCCCUAGGACUUCCUGUGAACCCCUUUGCCAAUGCAUUUGACAAUGCCACUGAGGCCACUUUGCAGAGAUUUAUAUUUCCAGAAGUACUAUGGAAGCUUAACAAGAUGAUGGGUUUAGGCAUGGAGCUUGAUCUUAGGAAAAGUGUGGCACUGGUUGAGAAAUACCUGUCUGAUAUCAUUGCAGUGAGGAAAAAGGAAUUGUCUGCUAAACCCCAAGGGUUGAAGGAAGGAGAUCAACAACAACCACAUGAUGACUUGUUGUCAAGGUUUAUAAGGAAGAAAGAUGGAGAUGGCAAGGCCUUCUCAGAUUCAUUUCUACGAAAUGUUGCCCUGAAUUUCAUACUUGCUGGCAGGGAUACGUCAUCUGUUGCCCUGAGCUGGUUUUUCUGGUUGAUCAUGCAAAAUCCCCGUGUUGAAGACAAGGUUAUUGCUGAAAUCUCUGAGGUUUUGACCCAGAGCAGGGGUACUGAUACUUCAAAGUGGAUCGAGGAGCCCCUGGUGUUUGAAGAGGUAGAUCAGUUGGUGUACCUUAAAGCUGCACUCUCUGAAACCCUCAGGCUCUAUCCUUCUGUUCCACAGGAUUCCAAAUAUGUUCUAAACGAUGAUACCCUUCCUGAUGGCACUUUUGUUCCUGGGGGUUCUACCAUAACCUAUUCAAUUUAUUCAGUGGGUAGGCUGGAAUCCCUCUGGGGACCUGACUGCUAUGAGUUCAAGCCAGAGAGGUGGAUUCAGAAUGGCAAGUUCGAACUCCCUGAGGAUGCUUACAAGUUUGUUUCAUUUAAUGGGGGACCUAGGAUUUGUUUGGGGAAAGACCUGGCCUAUUUGCAGAUGAAAUCUAUUGUUGCUGGAAUUCUCCUGCGUCACCGCAUAUCACUGGUUCCUGACCAUCCUGUGCAGCAGAAGAUGUCACUUACUCUGUUCAUGAAACAUGGCCUCAAAGUGUAUGUUGAACCAAGGAUUCUCUCUACUUGAUAAGGUGGGCAACUAUGACACCAACAGUCCUGCAAUUAUAUAUAUUACUCUUCUGAUUGCUAUGAUGACAACCUAAGCAAGCUAUAUUGUUACAAAUUUGCAACAAUUAGAACUCCCACCCUCUUUAAAGAUCAUUAGAAAUAUUUCAUAUUUUUGUGUUCAUGUUCACCAUCUGCAUUUCAGAGUUGUAUGCAGAUGUGUGCACAUUUCACUUAGCAUAAUAAUUAUUUAAGAUUAUCAAUGUGUAUCAGAAAUCUCCAUAAUAGAGAAGAUAGCUCGUUAUAUUCAGAAUUGAGAAGUUUGUAAUUGAUCAGGGUAUCAUCUUUACUGUAGAAUCAGGCAUUCCAUGUGAUUUUGCCAUACAAAAUGUUAUAUGUAAGCGUAUAGAAAUAAGAAUUAAGUUUAAUAUAAAUAGUAUUGUGUUUCUUGGA